AGCUCAUGUGACACUUUCAUCAUAAAUAGGCCCAUCAACCAGGAAAACACCAUCAGAGGGUUCAAACACACAGCAGCCAUGACGAGUCCCACGGAUCAACGCGCGAUGUUUGCGAGCCUGCUGCUCGUCUCCCUGUGUGUCGGGGCAGCGGCCAUGAUUGACAGCCGGCUGGACGACCACUGGGAGCUGUGGAAGAAGACGCACGCGAAGAAGUACCGAAAUGAAGUGGAGGAGGUGCGCCGCAGGGAAUUGUGGGAGAAGAACCUGAUGCUCAUCACAUUGCACAACCUGGAGGCCUCGAUGGGGCUUCACACCUACGACCUCGGCAUGAACCACAUGGGAGACUUGACACAAGAGGAGAUCCUGCAGUCGUACGCCACACUCAGUGUCCCCGCUGACAUGCAGAGGGCACCAUCUGCCUUUGUGGGGACAUCCGGGACCGAUGUACCCGACACCAUGGACUGGAGACAGAAGGGCUGUGUCACCCGUGUGAAGAUGCAGGGUUCAUGUGGCUCCUGCUGGGCCUUCAGUGCCGCCGCCCUGGAGGGCCAGUUAGCCAAGACAACAGGGAAGCUGGUGGACCUCACCCAAAACCUGGUGGACUGUUCAAGCAAAUAUGGCAACCACGGCUGCAACGGUGGCUUCAUGCACCAAGCCUUCCAGUACGUCAUCGACAACCAGGGCAUCGACUCGGAUGCUUCGUACCCCUACACGGGACAGUCACAACCGUGCCACUACAACCCGGUGAACCGCGCCGCCAACUGCUCCAGUUACAGCUUCCUGCCCGAAGGGGACGAGGGAGUUCUGAAGCAGGCUCUCGCCAACAUCGGACCCAUUUCAGUGGCAAUCGACGCCACACGGCCCAGAUUCACCUUCUACAGGAGUGGAGUGUACGAUGACCCGAGCUGCACCCUGAAAGUGAACCAUGGGGUUCUGGCUGUGGGCUACGGCACACUGAGCGGAGAAGACUACUGGCUGGUAAAAAACAGCUGGGGAACAAGCUUUGGAGACCAGGGCUACAUCCGGAUGGCACGCAACAAGAAGAACCAGUGUGGUAUCGCUCUUUUCGGCUGCUACCCCAUCAUGUAGCUGCAGAGGGAACAAACUGAAUCAGAUGUAGAAUUGAAGUUCCUUCCAUUUAUGUAUACAGCAUUUUACAGUUGAAUGUUACAUUGAUUCUAACAUUUUUCAACAUGUUUUAAGUUUGUCUUAAUGCACCUGUGUACAACAAAAGCGAAAUAAUGACAAGACUUGAAUACUACAGUUAAACACCAUUGAACUUCUUGACCAUGUGUUUGUUUGUGUCCGACUGUAAUGUAUGUGUGUGUGUGGUGUGUGUGUGAUGUGUGUUAGAAUCUGUAAUAAAGACCCAGAUGUACUCUGUAA